CAUUCUUUCUUCUACUUCACAACACUUCUCUCUCAUUACUACAAAAAAAAAAAGGAUUUAGAGAACAACUAUUUCAGUUCUAAAAAGAGAGAUGGAGUUUUUAAGAAACUCUUCUCUUUGGGCUUUGCAAAUUCUUUUGCUGUAUUUCUUUGCUUUUGUUUCAAACAAUGGUGGUGUCGAUGCUUCUCACAAAGUUUAUAUGCACUUGCAAUCUACUAGCUCUGCUAAUGUUAAAAAUGUCCACAGAACUGGUUACCAUUUUCAACCACCCAAAAACUGGAUUAACGAUCCAAAUGGCCCAAUGUAUUACAAUGGAGUGUACCAUCUAUUCUACCAAUACAACCCAAAAGGAGCAGUUUGGGGCAACAUAGUUUGGGCCCAUUCAGUCUCAACAGAUUUGAUUAAUUGGAUACCACUUGAGCCUGCUAUUUACCCUUCCAAAAUAUUUGACAAGUUUGGAACAUGGUCAGGUUCAGCUACAAUUUUGCCAGGCAAUAAGCCUAUUAUUCUCUACACUGGAAUUGUAGAUGCUAACAGGACACAAGUCCAAAACUACGCGAUCCCGGCUAACUUGUCUGAUCCAUAUCUCCGUAAAUGGAUCAAGCCCGAUAACAAUCCGUUAAUCGUUGCUGACAUGAGCAUCAACAAAACUCAAUUUCGCGACCCAACGACAGCUUGGAUGGGCCGAGAUGGUCAUUGGAGAAUCUUGGUUGGGAGUGUGAGGAAUCAUAGAGGAAAGGCAAUAUUGUACAGAAGUAAGGACUUCAUGAAAUGGACCAAAGCCAAACAUCCACUUCAUACAGCUACCAAUACUGGAAAUUGGGAAUGCCCUGAUUUUUUCCCAGUGUCAUUAAAGCAUACAAAUGGUUUGGAUACCUCAUACAAUGGUGAAUACAUUAAGCAUGUUCUUAAGGUUAGUCUUGAUGUUACGAGGUUUGAGUACUACACAGUCGGUACCUAUGACACCAAAAAAGAUAGGUAUAUUCCAGAUAACACUUCUGUUGAUGGUUGGAAGGGAUUGAGACUUGACUAUGGUAAUUAUUAUGCGUCCAAAUCAUUCUAUGACCCUAGCAAGAAUCGAAGAAUUAUGUUGGGUUGGGCUAAUGAAUCAGAUACUGUUGAUGACGAUGUCAGGAAAGGAUGGGCCGGAGUCCACCCUAUCCCUCGCAAGCUAUGGCUUGAUCCAAGUGGAAAGCAAUUGGUUCAAUGGCCUGUUAAAGAAUUAGAAACUCUAAGAAAGGAAAAGGUCCAACUAAGUAAUCACAAGUUGUACAAGGGAGAAAAGAUUGAAGUCAAAGGAAUCACAGUUGCACAGGCUGAUGUUGAAGUGACUUUCUCGUUCGCAAGUUUGGACAAGGCAGAGCCAUUUGAUCCUAGUUGGGCUGAUCUUUACGCGCAAGAUGUAUGCUUCAUUAAGGGUUCAACAGUCCAAGGUGGACUCGGGCCAUUUGGACUCAUAACUUUGGCUUCUAAAAACUUGGAAGAAUACACACCUGUUUUCUUUAGAGUUUUUAAAGCUCAAGAUAAAUACAAGGUUCUUAUGUGCUCUGAUGCCUCGAGGUCAACCCUCAAGAAUGAAACAACUAUGUACAAACCGUCGUUUGCUGGAUAUGUGGAUGUAGAUUUAGCAUAUAAGAAGUUGUCUCUUAGGAGUUUGAUUGAUAACUCAGUAGUGGAAAGUUUUGGUGCUGGAGGAAAAACAUGUAUUACAUCAAGAGUUUAUCCAACAUUAGCAAUCUUUGAUAAGGCACAUUUGUUUGCCUUCAACAAUGGCACAGAAGCAAUCACAAUUGAGACUCUAAAUGCCUGGAGCAUGGCCGAUGCUAAGCUGCACUAAAACAGUGGGUGAACAGAACAAAGGAAAAAAGAAAAUAGUUAUGAUUUUAUAUUUAUGUUCUGUCUCAAAGACAGUCUAUAGAUUUUUAACUUGGAGUUAUUCAUGAAUGAUGCAUUUUUUAAUAUUAACAUCAUGCCAGAUUUCUGUUAUUGUCCCUAAUCCGAUCUCAAAUAUAUUGAUCAAUGCCUUCUCAUUUGAAAAAUGGAAUGAAACGUUCCCAUUGCAAAUCA